CCUCUUCAUGGAUUAUAUAAGUUAGUCAGCGUGUAUGUUUUAGUAUUGAGCAGAUCUUGUAUUUACAGAUGGCCCAGCGACUGACAUUCCGUCGUCGUCUCUCCUACAACACAAAGUCCAACCGCCGGAAGGUAUCAAAAACACCAGGUGGUAAAUUGGUAUAUCUGUACAAGAAGAAACUUGGAAAAAUACCAGUUUGUGGAGAAUGCAAGAUCAAAUUGCAUGGGAUUACUCCAGCCCGCCCCAAGAAGCUGAUGUCCAUGUCUAAACGUUUGAAGACUGUUAGUAGGACAUAUGGAGGCUCCAGGUGUCAUCAGUGUGUGCGAUCCAGAAUUGUCCGAGCUUUUCUCAUUGAGGAACAGAAGAUCGUUGUGAGAGUGUUGAAGGCACAAGAAGCAGCCAGCAAGGCGAAAUAAAUAUGGGCUAUAAAUAAAUGUUACCAGUAACGGGA